AUGGUCUGCACAAAAUGUCAAAAAAAGCUCAAACAAACCGAACUCGCCACUCCCGGCGUGAAACGUAAAACGGAGAUGUACUACGGCUCACCUGCAUCCAGCGCUGGGGAUAAGUCUAAGCCUACGUUGGGGAAUACGGGUGUUGGGAAGAGCAAAUUACUCAGUUCCAAGGCCAAGAAUCCCUACGCGGCGUAUUCGUCGUCCUGUGAUGUGUGUAAGACCAAGACAGAGCAGGGGAGGAAGUAUUGUCAGCGGUGUGCGUAUCAGAAGAAUGCUUGUCCGAUGUGUGGAAAAGGAUUGACGGGGGAUGCGUCGAAGAAUCAGCCGGUGAUCAAGGGGCAGAAGUUUAAUUUGAAAUGA